CUGCAGUGAACUAACAGUGACAACUUAAACAGCAAUGGCGCCUUUAACAAGCACGCACUGAUAUAGGAACCGGAAAUACGUCAUUUGUUGUCUACGCGAAUUGGCGACAGUUCGGAUGUUCGCAUUAAUGGAGGUUUGCAGUGUUUGUAGUUGUAGCUCUAGUGCUUGUCUGCCCGGUGCUAACUAAUAGCGAGCGGUAAAGCAGAGGCUGCGAGUCGACCGGUUUGUUUUGUAUUCAAAACGGAGCCGCCGAGCGCAACACUGCCAUUAUGAGCUCGGGGGAACCGAGCGGCAGCAUCGAUCCAGAGGAAACUCGGCUCACCAGCGACUCCGACAAAGUGCUCCGUGAGGAAGAGAAGGAGGAAGAUGAUGUCCGCUCGAAACCGCCGUCUCCCGAGAGCAGGCGCGAGAAUUCUCCAGCUCCGAGUAGUUCGCGGCCUGAAUCAGCGGCGUGUGGCGGAGCUCCGAGCGCCGGCUUCAGAGCAUCAAGUCCGCGCGAUUCGCUCUUCUUAUGGCUGCGGAACCGAAGUGUACGCAGAGGGCCGCUUGUAGAUCCGAUCCGGGAUAACUUUCGGACUAUGACUCGUCUUUAUUCCUCAAUGAGCCCUGCUACGGACUCAAUGAACCUCAGCACCAAAACGCACGGUGCCGUGUUUAACCUAGAGUACUCACCUGACGGGUCGGUGCUGACUGUGGCCUGUGAGCAGACUGAAGUGCUGCUGUUCGAUCCGGUUUCAUCCAAACACAUCAAAACGCUGGUGGAAGCUCAUGAGGACUGCGUGAACAACAUCAGGUUUCUGGAUAACCGGUUGUUUGCCACCUGUUCUGAUGACACCACCAUUGCAUUGUGGGACUUAAGAAAACUGAACUCAAAGGUGUGUUCAUUGCAUGGCCAUGCUAGCUGGGUGAAGAAUAUUGAGUACGACACACACACACGCUUGCUUGUUACUUCUGGCUUUGAUGGAAAUGUCAUCACCUGGGACACCAACAGGUUCACAGAAGACGGUUGUCCCCAUAAGAAGUUCUUUCACACGCGCUACCUGAUGCGAAUGCGUCUAACGCCAGACUGCAGUAAGAUGCUUAUCUCCACCUCUUCUGGUUACCUGCUUAUCUUGCAUGAUCUUGACCUCACCCAGAGCCUAGAGGUCGGCAGCUACCGCAUACUACGGGCUCGACGCACCCCACUCAGCACAGGUUCUUCAACUGGCUCCAGGACAUCAGGCUCUCGCCAUGGAAACGACAACAAAGCUCAUCCUCAUAGAGAAGGUUUAUCUCCUAGGAACAGUCUGGAGGUUUUGACCCCAGAGAUCCCAGGGGAGAAGGACCGAGGGAACUGCAUCACUUCACUGCAACUGCACCCUAAAGGCUGGGCCACACUCCUGCGCUGCUCCAGCAACAUGGACGACCAGGAGUGGACGUGUGUGUACGAGUUUCAGGAGGGAGCUCCUCCUCGGCCGCCGGUCUCUCCUCGCUGCUCUCUCCGACUCACACACUACAUUGAGGAGGCCAACGUGGGCCGUGGCUACAUCAAGGAGCUAUGCUUCAGCCCGGACGGGCGCCUUAUCUGCUCUCCAUACGGUUACGGUGUGCGUCUGUUGGCCUUUGAUGAACACUGUGCGGAGCUUGAGGAGUGCGUGCCUGAGCGUACGGCGCUGCUACGUGAGGUUCGCUCGAUCUACUCCCACAGUGACGUGGUGCUCACCUCCAAGUUCUCACCCACGCACUGUCAGCUGGCCUCAGGAUGCCUUAGCGGACGUGUAGCACUGUACCAACCCCACUUUUAACAAAAACACACCAUUUUCUGUCAGGUCGAUCCCUAGAGGGGUUUGUGUUCACAGUGUGAGAGUGCAGUUUUGUGUAAAUGAUUUGAGUGUUUUUACAACAGUUUGUUUUGUGUUCUUUAAACUGUGUAAUCUCUCCAUUUCUUCUGAAUGUACAUGUGCAGUAAUGAGAGAAAUAGCCAUUAAAUGGUUUGCAGAGUGCAUGCCUCUGAUUCGGAGGGGGCUUGGGGGGGUGCAUGCAGAGUGAUGGUUUGUGCACAUAGUGGUACUAAAACUGCAGAGUUUAUUUUGCAGUCUUUACAACUCUGCAUAUGACCUCUCUCUGGUGUCCAGGCCUGACCUGCAUGUCAAUGCUAACCUCCCUCUACAACAGUAUCGUUAACAUGUAAAGUAGCUCUGAAUGUAAGCAGUACAAACUGUUAAUGUUGUAAUGGAUGAAGUUUUAUGCAUUUUGCCAAAUGUUUUUUUUUUUUAGCAGCACAGUGCAGCUCUGAAUUGAGCUGUUUGUGAUUGGGAUUUCUGUGUGAAAGGCAGCUUGGCUCCUGAGACAUUAAAUGAAGACAGAUUUUGUAUGGGGGUCCAAUUUGUAGAUAGUAGCAGCAGUAAAUUUGUGCAAAUGUGUUUAAGGAUAUACUGUAUGUGUCUGCUGUUAGAGGAGGUGAUUGCUGAUGAUGAUUCAUGGAUUAGUGAGAAUAGAUAGUGGAUAGUGACUACAAUACCUUCCUCAAUCUCUCACAUAGACCAACACUCCUAGAUCGGGCAAGCUCAGUCAACACUCUUACGUAUACCUCAAAUUCAUGCCGUAUUCGAAAUAUGUAUGUACGGUCACAGUCGGCGAGUCCGAAGCUGAGCAAUUCUGGGAACUGCAGACAGGGAGGACUUUGAGAAAUUACGUUAUUGCUACUUGAAAGUCUACACUAACUUGGAAGUUUCAUAAUGUGCACUGUCUUUAAUGGAUUCUGCAACUGACAGCUCUGGAAAGGUGGAAUGGAGAAGGAGUCUCGGAGGGACCGGCUUUCCUCUUACCUGUGCUCUUCUGAGCCACAGAAUCAUGCUAGUGGUACAGAACAAUAAAGUUUUUGUCACUCUUUGCCUAGA